CUCUCACGCUGUCUGACUGCCUGAGGAAGAAGAGCAGCAACACAGCCGGUUACUCAGAGGAUUUACAAAACUUUAACAUUAUUAUUCCCACUCUUAUUUCUUUUGAUAGUCUCGCGAGUUUAAUUGUUCUGCACCAUGAAGGAAAGAAGACUCACGCAGCCGUUUGUCGCGAGGUGUAAGCUCGUGCUGGUCGGGGACGUCCAAUGCGGUAAAACUGCGAUGUUACAAGUCCUGGCCAAGGACUGCUACCCAGAGACUUACGUCCCCACUGUGUUUGAGAACUACACUGCCUGUCUGGACCUUGAAGACCAGCGUGUUGAGCUCAGCCUUUGGGACACAUCUGGUUCUCCAUACUACAACAACGUCAGACCCCUCUGCUACAGCGACUCAGAUGCAGUGCUCUUAUGCUUCGACAUCAGCCGACCAGACACGGUGGACAGUGCGCUGAAGAAGUGGAAAGCAGAGAUCCAAGACUUCUGUCCCAGCACACGAGUCCUACUAAUAGGCUGCAAGACAGACCUGCGCACAGACGUGUGCACGCGCAUGGAGUUGUCCAAUCAGAAACAAACUCCUGUCUCCCAUGAACAGGGUUCGUCCUUGGCCAAGCAGUUCGGAGCAGAGGCUUACCUGGAGUGCUCCGCCUUCACAUCAGAGAAGAGCAUCCACAGUGUUUUCCGUACUGCGGCUCUGGCCUGCAUGAACAAACUCCAGCCUGCCAAUAAACCCAGCCCUGUCCGCCGCCUCUCCAAGAGACUCCUACACCUGCCCAGCAAGACAGAGAUGCUCUCCUCCACAUUCAGCAAGGACAUGUCCAAGAGCUGCACCAUCAUGUGAAUACUGCUGAGAUCAUGCUGGGGGGGGGGGGAGGGGAGAGGAAGGACGAGCAAGUGGUGUGCAAGGGAAAGGGAGCAAUGAUUUCUACAAAGUCUCUCCUUUGCAGCCUCCCCCCAAACUCCCCGUCAAAUACUUAAAAAAAAAGUUGCCUACACCAUACAUUCAACUCUGAAACUGGACUUUUGAUCAUAUCACCAGCACAGAGUUAACAAAUGUUUGAACAUAUUUCUGAUCUUUUAAAUACACCUGUACAAAGAGAGAAUAGCAGGCACUUUAAGAGCUGUUAGAUUCCUCACAUAAAGGUUAAAUAAGGUCAGUGCCUUCUCUUUCCCAAGUGCUUGUAAGCACUGCUUUUGACUGCAUUACCCUGAUGAGACCCAUUUUAAAUUCUGAUAUCGGUGCCCUUUCCCAUCCAUCUCUUUUUCUAAAUGUCUCUUUAAGGUCACGAUGCGGGCUGAGUGACGAGAUGAAAUGUAAAAUUUGACAGUGACAGGAAGUGGUAUCUACAGAAAUGCGGCUCUGGGAAUUUAAAAUCGCGGCCCAUGAAGAAGAAAUUAUACCCUCAAUGGCUGACCCCUCGCAGUAUUUCGUUUGGAAAUUAAAGCUGACAGUGAAGGAAAAAGGGGGAGACAAGGGAGGGAUUUGGCAAAGCAGAGUGUUCAUUUGCAAAGGCAGUCAGAGGACGAACUGAGAGCACGUCUGAAGCAGCGAACUGUGACUCAGCACUCACAAGAGCUACAAAACAGUCGCGAGGUGGACAUGCUGUGACAAAAAACACGAAAUCAUGUAAAGACCGUCGAAGCAUGUUUUUGUCAGAUCCCCUUUCAUUACCCAUCACCACAGCAGUUUUAAUUGUUCCAUGUUAUUAAUCAUAAGGUUUGAUUUGAGUGAUGUUACAUUAGGGAUGCAUCCUCUCACUGUGCCCCAAUACUUUAAAGGGAAAGUUCACCAACUUGUAUGUGGAUCAGUGUUGAUGGUAAAUGUAGUCGACUGAAGCAACAAAUUCUUCACUGCGUGCUGCAUUGAGCCAGACAGCUGUUCCUGCAGCAAAAUCUGUUGUUGUUCCUGCAUCCAGCGCUUUCAUUUGACAUGACUGUGACGUAGUUGGAUGCAACGCGCGCUCUAGAUGCAACACAAAAACAGAACUUCCUUGUUUUCUUCGCUUGUAUUUCAAACUAGCUACAUUUCCAAAAGCGAAUAUGGUGUUAUUUAUUUGAGCCAAACGUAUACGACCGAAGAAAUGGAGCGGAGAGAGGCUGCGGCCGCAUUAGCCGUUCAUUGGGAUAAGGCUGACGGGGACAAUGGGUGUCUGAAGUUUGUUGCAAUGCAUCUUGGUACUUGUAGGCACUGCCGGCACUGCUCCACAAGCUCUGCUUUCUCGCUCGAUAUAGCGCGCACUGAGGAAUGUUUUGCUUCAAUUGACUACAUUUACACUGAUUGGACAUCUACAUAAAAGAUGGUCCAUUGAAAGCUGCGUAAUGAAUAACAGCUUCUGUUCCAGCAAAAACAUAUUUAUUUUUUAGUCUUAAGAUAAAUAAAAAAACAUAAAAUAUUUCUUUUAACUGAUUUUGUACCAAAAACCACCGUCUCAUGGAUAUUUCAAGUCGACUUUAGACUUUGGACGGCUGAACAUUCAUCCAAGAUGCACCAUGCUGCCAUUUCCAGCCUGAAUAGAUGAAUAGAGUGCUGCAGUGAUGACGUAUUUUUGUAGGCCAACCUCGAGGUUGGCAUCUCCCUGGUUCCCUCAUCAAAAAGCUAAAGGGAUUUUUCUAACCCUAAACCCAUUGACUUCUAAAUAAGGGAACCGGAAGUAAUGCAAACUUAUUUUUAGGGACUCAUUCCUGCAGCACUCUAUAGCUGCAUUAACACUAAAUAUCCCUGGUGACGCGUGGUAAAGGUGCGAUUGAAUUGCACAUACAGGCUGGUCCUGUGUGGAAGAAGAGAUUCUUUUAUUUCCUUUUUUAUUACAUUAAAACAUUUUAUUUUUCAACGUCCCUUCCUGGAAAGUAUGAUUGACGUUUCCCAUUUGUUAAAUAGAUUUCUUUCUGGAUGCUUCUACUUGCUUGUGACUUUUGUCUUUGGUGAAUGUUUUUUUUUUGUAGCUGUUGAUGUUGUUCAUGUAUACACUUAAGUCUUCUGGCAUUAGCGGCUGUUGACAGCUCAGCUAAUGGAGGACUUGAUGAUUUGUAGGUCCGCACCGAGAAGCCCGAACACUGGAAUUUUUACGUGUUGCUUAGCAACAGUGUGUGCAGGGGCAGGCGUGAGCAGGGUUCCUGCCUCACAUCGAGGGAGGGAGGGAUGGCUCUCCAGGAGGACGCCUCUCCUUUUUAUUUGUAGCAUUAGACAGAAGCCACUGCGAAGGAGACGGGUGGACACUUCAGGGAGCGGAGGACGGAUCAAGAUCUCCACGUGGUUCUAAAGACCCCACGCUGGUAGUCUACGCCGUCUAGAACAUGUCUCUGUGGCUUCAGUCGUUAUUUCAAACAAGCUCCAUGUGGCUCAGAAUGCAGCCUUCGUCUUAAUGUUUCUCUCUUGCUUGUUUUUUGACAGAAAUACUUUGUUGAACAUAUUCUUCCUACUUUCCAACUGUUUAUUAGAAAUCCCUGAGAAGAAUGUUACUGAAGCAAAACAAAAUGUUUGUGUCAAGUUGCUUAUUAUGGCUUUAAAUUAUCGACUGAAUUCUGUAUUUGUUAUUGUCAUAUGCUAAUUUCUUUAAAUCUUUAUUUAAAUAAAUGUCUGAAGUUAA